AGACCACUAAAGAACUCUCCAAAGCCAGCCAUUUACCUCAGACUUGUGGGGCUGAUUCCAUUUGUUUCAGUGCCAGAGGUAAAGGUCAUCCAAAAGACUUACUACCCUGAGCUGGCAUUUACUCAGGUUUCUUGUGAAGCCUGUAUAAUCUUUUUUCUAGAUGAAACCUAGUGGGGAUUUGCUGUCCCAGAACGCAGCCCUACAAGUCCAGAUUAGAGGAAUUUGGCCAUACGUACAGUUCCUCUUUUAAUAACCUGGUUUGCUUUACUCUUCAGAAAUGACUUCAGUCAAGCUACAGUCAUGUUGAUAAUUGGUUUAGGUUUAGUGAAACAUUAUGACCUUGCCCUCCUUCCUACUUAUCCCCAUUGAUUUAAAGCCCAAAGGGGAAUUUUAACAGUGCUGGCUGUACUUUGCUGGCUGUACUUUGGCAGUGCUGGCUGGCAUGGCAUGGCAUAGAUGACCAAUCUUCCAGAGAAGCAAUUAAGUAACAGAGAAAAAUAAGAGCAAAUGAAAACAUAACAACAACUCAACAGAAGAGACUU